AUUUCUUUAUCUGUAACAGCAGUCCUUGACCCAAAUAUCCGUACAUAAAUCAACAAAACCGAGUGAGAUAUUCGACGAGCAACAAGGUAAAAUAUGAACUGGAAUCUUCUUAUUUGCUGCCUGCUCGGCCACUCUUUCGUUAUAGCGAUCGAGGCCAACUGCCUGCGGGGCACGGGCCACAUGUGGCAGCUGAAGCCUCCCACCGGCUCGACCAGCUGCAAUCGACCGUCAUUACUGCCCAGAAACGCAACGGCAAGGUCUGCAGUCGACACGGCAGGAGAUUCAAUGGGCACAGCAGUUCCGGGGGUCGGAGGAACCCCCGCUGCCCGUCCUGCGCUGGUGCUGGCCAACUACGUCUACGAGUGCGCCAGUCGCCGGGAAUCGAGCAGUUGCAGCAAGCAGCCGGAGCCGGAAUCGAAGCAGGAAUCCGAAUCCGGACCGGAGCCGGAGGUUCCUAAGCCCCGGACUGUGACACUGGCAGCCGGCGCACUGGAAGGCCCCGGGUCAGAUGGGUGAGAUGGGAUUUGCAGGGGAUUAAUGCAGCCGAUGCGAUGGGUUUUGCAAGCCCGCCAUAUACACAUUUGCAUAUAUUUCAUAGAGCAAUAAAGUUAGCCAAGCCAA